CAACAUGUCUGCCUCCGUACCUACAACUCAGAUUUUCAAGGAUAACAUCUUUGCCGGAAAAGUGCUGCUUUGUUCCGGUGGUGGAAGUGGAAUCUGUAGAGGAAUGACCGAAGCUGUUCUUCGUCAUGGUGCCAAGGCUGUAAUCAUCAGCAGAAGUUUGGAUAAGCUUGAGAAGGCUGCAAAGGAAAUGCGCGAAUCUACUGGUGGAGAGGUUAUUGCAAUUGCUGCAGAUGUCCGUAAGCCUGAGCAGCUUGAGGAAGCUGUUAGAAAAACAGUAGAACGAUUCGGACAUAUCGAUUAUUUGAUCAAUGGUGCAGCUGGAAACUUCUUGGCUCCUUUCGAAAACUUGUCUUAUAAUGCUUUCCGUACUGUUAUUGAAAUCGAUCUUCUCGGUACAUUUAACCUCACCAAGGCUGCAUUGAAACACAUUAAAGCUAGCAAAGGCGCUAUUAUCAAUGUGAGCGCUACUUUGUACUACACAGGUACUCCUUUCCAGCAGCACGCAGGAUCAGCAAAGGCUGCUAUUGAUGCACUCACCAAACAUUGGGCUGUUGAACUUGGCCCACACGGCGUCCGUGUUAAUGGUAUUGCUCCAGGCCCAAUUGAAUCAACUGUUGGUAUGGAAAAGCUUGGUCCUCAAUUUGAUGCAACAGCAGUUCCAUUACAGCGUAUGGGAAGUGUUGAGGAUAUUGCACAGUCAACCGUCUUCCUUUUCUCUGAUGCCGCAAACUGGAUCAGUGGUGUAACUCUAGUCGUAGAUGGCGGACAUUGGCUCAAUGCUACUUACCCAGGUUACCCUGAUUUCAUUCUCACUCCACUCCAAGGAAAGCUCUGAGUUAAUACAUCAGUGCAUUCAAUAUCUCCAGGAUUAUAAAAUAAAUAAAAUAAAAUAAAAUAUUUCAAAAAAACAGUACAGUACUAUUAUGUAACCCCU